GGUAGAGGAUGACUGCCAGUGGGGGAGGGGGUGGCUGGGUGCUGCUUUGCUGUGCUGGUCACUCCAGCACUGCGGCCUCUGAGAGGGUCUUUGUGCCCAGGGACCCUUGCCUCUGCUGGAUACUGAGGUCCUUUGGGGGGGGUGUCCCUUCUCACUUUUUACAGGGGCCACUCACCUGUCCCCCAUUGCCCUUUUACCCAAGAAGCCCAGGGGGUCUGAGUAAAGAGUGGCUGGUCUGGGAGAAGGUGGAGGGUCAUUGGGCUCACUGUGACUCUGUAGGGCCCCUCCCACGACAGGGGAAAUUGGAAGGGAGCUACACUGCAAGUCUCAUAGGUGGUGUCAGGCUCCUUUUAGCAAGUCACCACAGUGGUGAUCUGGCAUCAGCUAAAACCAGGAGCCUCUGCCUCUGCCUGCUGACCCCUCCUGUGUGAGACCCUUCUGCCCCAUGAAUGGCUUAAGAGCUUUUAGGGGUUCAUAUGCUGGGUUAGGGGCAGCCUCCUGGACCCUCCUGCCCUCCCCACUGCCCUUUUGAUGUACCAUCUGGGGUGUCACCACCAGGCCUGUUGGGUUCUGCCCAUUUGUUUAUUGGCGGCUUGAGUGGGUGGGUGGGGGGCAGUGGUGAGACCCAGUCCUCCUGUCCUAGUGGAGCCUGGUUGUGCCAGGCUCUGGGAUAUCCCUCUCGGAAGCCUGCCUGAGGCCCUGGCAAUUAGGGUUGGUGGUGAUCUGAAGGGACCCCAGGCUAGGGACAGAGCGCAUUGCAUUCUGGGAUGUUGGCCCUACUUGGGGUCCCAAAGGACAGGGGAAGUCCCCUGCAGAGAGCACAUGGGGACAGUGUGAGAGGCUCUCAUGGCACCCAGACCCUGAUUAGCAGGGCAUUUCCGAUCCUCAGUUUCUCUCAUCCAUAAAAUGGGGACAACCUAGUGUCUCCUUCCCUAACACUUACAUGAUGUGGUGCCUGUUUUGUAUGUGUCUUCACCAUCAUAAACUCACUUCAUCUCUGCCCGAGCACAGUUAGGUGGAUGCAGUUAGGAUACAUUUUGCAUAUGGGGAAACUGAGGUCCAGAGUGGUUGAGGCUUAGGGCUGAGAGCAUGAGUGGAAGGUUAGCUCAGGGCCCGUAUACAGCAAGCAGUCAGUCUGGGCCAGCCAUAGUCUCUGUUAGCCUGAGAGAGAAGAGGGUACCUGGAGCUCUCUGGGCCAGGUGGCACCAGCACCUAGAACCUGGAAUCAGAACCCAGUACCCACCUGGUCUCUGGUGCCUGGCAGCCAGCUGUAGCCAAUCAGAGGCCAGGAAUGCCCUGUCCCUCUGCCCUGUUUAUGAAGCAAUAAUCCACGCUGGUCUUUGGGAGGUGCAGUUGGUGACUGCAUAUUUCUUUGUGGGGCCGCCUUGAGAUCCUUGGGAGUCGAGUGUGGGGUAACUCUGCUUCCCAGCCCACUGGAGGGUGGACAGAGGAAGAGUAGAUGGGGAGAAUGUGCUUCUCCACUUCCGGGGAGGCCUCCAGGUUUGCACCCUGAUGGGAAUGGAUGGGAGGGAUUUUCCUAGAGGCCUUUGCCAUACAACCUCAGUUGGGAGGAUGAGGCUAAGGAGCCCAGUGUGGUUUGAUAGUCUCUCUUGCUACCCUCAGGUUUCUGCAAACACGCGAAUGAGCUGGAUGCCAGCCGCUGCCCCUCUGUGCCUGGCGUGAGAAGGAGGUGCCGCCUGUUGGCAUGCCCCACCAGCCCUCAGCCUGAGCCGAGUGGCCCCACCCUCCGCCACCCUGCACUGCCCCGGCUCCCCCACGGCCCCCACACUGCAGUGCGGCCGGGCCCCCUCCCCGAAGGGGCCGCCCCUGCCACCCACCCCUGGCACCCGGGGCGGCCCAGCCCGCAGGGCCAUGAAGCUGCAGGCUGUGAUGGAGACACUCCUGCAGCGGCAGCAGCGGGCACGCCAGGAGCUGGAGGCCCGGCAGCCACUGCUGCCUGAUCCCCCUGCUGGUCCCCCAGCCCUCUCCAGGGCUGCCUCGGAUGAGGACAGAGACCCCGAGAACACCCGAAUGCAGCAGGCACAGAUGGCUGCACUGGCUGCCAUGCGGGCUGCUGCCGCUGGCCUUGGAUCUGCACCCAGCCCAAGUGGCUCCGAGGACAGGCCCCCCAGCUCGGAGGAUGAGGACACUGCCCAGGAGGGGCAACCAGGCUCACCUGGCCGAGGCAGGGAGGCACCAGGACAUACCAAAGGCGAUGGGCACUUCGAAGAUAUGGGCUCUGAUGAUGACCUGAAGCCAAAAUGGGAAGAGGAGGAAGAGGAGGAGGAAGAGCUGGAGGAAGACAUGGGGGAUGAGGAUGAAGAAGAGGAUGAGGAAGACUACGAGGAUGAGGAGGGGCUUGGGCCCCCAGGCGCUGCUGGUUUGGGCCCUGCAGCCAUGUUCCCCCACAAGGCCCAGUUGCCGCAGGCCUUCCGUGGUGGUGAUGGUGGGCCCCGGGUGCUGGGCGGCCAGGAGCGCCCAGGGGCUGGCCCAGCCCACCCUGGAGGGGCUGCCCACGUGGUACCCCAGCUGCAGCCUCCUGACCACGGGGACUGGACAUAUGAGGAGCAGUUCAAGCAGCUCUACGAACUGGACGGGGACCCCAAGAGGAAGGAGUUCCUGGAUGACUUGUUUAGCUUCAUGCAGAAGCGAGGGACGCCUGUGAACCGGAUCCCCAUCAUGGCCAAGCAGGUGCUUGACCUGUUCAUGCUGUAUGUGCUGGUAACGGAGAAGGGCGGCCUGGUGGAGGUCAUCAAUAAGAAGCUGUGGCGUGAGAUCACCAAGGGCCUCAACCUGCCUACGUCUAUUACCAGUGCUGCCUUCACCCUGCGGACCCAGUACAUGAAGUACCUGUACCCCUACGAGUGUGAGAAACGUGGCCUCAGCAACCCCAAUGAGCUCCAGGCAGCCAUUGACAGCAACCGGCGGGAGGGCCGGCGCCAGAGCUUUGGGAGCUCCCUCUUUGCCUACUCACCAGGUGGUGCCCACAGCAUGCUUUCCUCACCCAAGCUGCCAGUGUCCUCCCUGGGCCUGGCCACCAGCACCAACGGCAGCUCCAUCACCCCAGCCCCCAAGAUCAAGAAAGAGGAGGAUUCAGCCAUCCCCAUCACAGUCCCUGGCCGCCUGCCAGUCUCCCUGGCAGGCCACCCUGUGGUGGCAGCCCAGGCAGUAGCAGUGCAAGCGGCAGCAGCCCAGGCAGCCGUGGCGGCACAGGCAGCUGCCCUGGAGCAGCUUCGGGAGAAGCUGGAGUCUGGGGAGCCUCCGGAAAAGAAGAUGGCCCUGGUGGCGGAUGAGCAGCAACGGCUCAUGCAGCGAGCGCUACAGCAGAACUUCCUUGCUAUGACAGCCCAGCUGCCCAUGAGCAUUCGUAUCAACAGCCAAGCCUCUGAGAGCCGCCAGGACUCAGCUGCAAACUUGACCAGCACCAAUGGCAGCAAUAGUAUUAGCAUGUCAGUGGAGAUUAACGGGAUUAUGUAUACAGGAGUGCUGUUUGCUCAGCCACCAGCCCCCACACCACCCUCAGCUCCCAGCAAAGGCGGUGGUGGCAGCAGCCGGGGAGGAAACAGUGGGACCAGCAGCAGCGUGGGCAGCCAGGCCGGGCCAGCGGGGUUAUCUGCACCCCCUACGUCUUCUACCUCAAAUAAUUCAUUGCCUUAACCCAACCACUCCCCACCUGCCACCCCCCACCCCAGGAGCUGGUCAGACUGGGCAGGGUGUUGAAAGGUGGGCCAAGCAGGGCCAGGGUGGUGGAAGAUACGGGUGGGGAGGGGAGAUAUCCACAAAGGAGCCACAGCUAACACCAAAAAUAGAAGAAAAAUAUAUAUACAUAUAUAUAAAGAAACUUUAAUAAAACAGGGGAAAACCAAGGAACACUUGAAUUACUCAGGUUUCAGACAUUCAGAGAAAUGAAUUGUGAGAAUAGCUAAGGAAAUCAGGAAAGAGAGCGGCAAAUAUUUCCCAGGGCUUUCCUGUAGCCCUGAUGGACUGAUUUGGACUGGUGUCUGGUGUCUGUUUUGGACCAGUUGCAAUGUAAGGCCAGAUCCUGUUUACCUCAUAUAUCCCUGCACUGUGUGUUUUCAUUUUUGUCUGUUUUUUUACUUUUUUUUUUCCUGUUCAUCACCCACUCACCCACUCACCACAUCCAGCUCCUUGUUUUGAAUGAAACCCCUGAGCCAAGAUCAGUUGACUUUUUUUCUUAUUGCUUUUGGGAACUUUUUAUUAUUUUAUUUUUUUAAAAGAAAUAGUGAUAUUCAAGUUCUAUAGGGUUUUUAAGAGGUUUGGGGGGUUUUGUUUUGUAAAUAUUCUAUUUUAUUCUUGGGGGAGGAAUCAAACCUUAGGAAAAGGAUAUAUAUCUCUAUAUAUUUGUGUUCAUUCAGGGAAACUGGACUUAAAAAAAGCAAAAAAGAAAAAAAACUAAUAUCCUUUAAAUUUUUCCCAUGACUGAUUUGGGUUCCUCUCUGCAUUUCCUGUGGUACAGUAGGCACCUGGCAAGCACAGGAUACUGUAUCCCUGGGUUAGAGCCAAAAAAGGUGACAAACUCAGGUGCUGAGGGCUGGGCUGGGGUGGGGGUCCAUGCAGGGGCAGGCUGAGGGGGAACAGGGAACGUGAAUGCUCAAUGCUUUUUCUCACUGUGCCAUGCUGUGCUCUCUGUCAGGGAUCUGGAAGUCUUAACCAGAAACAAGUGCUGGAAAAAGGGCCAGAGUCUGGGAGGGGGUGUGAUGUUAUAGCCCCCAGGCUCCUGUCUCAGGGAUGAAUAUGGCCUGGGGACUCUCUUCCUGAAAGGGUUGCUUUUGAAGACUUAUUGAUAUUUGGGGACUGAGGUGAGCUGGGUUUAGCUCUGAAUGAGGUUUUGGGGCCAUGUCAUCUUGAACACUCUACCCCUUCUCAUCUCCUUCACUUUGUCCCUUGGUUCUCUCUUGGCCCCUUGCAAGGCCACAUCUCCUGCUAUAACUUAAGGAACUAAAUAGAGGCCCAUAAGGAGGCUGCACCAUUUCCUCCAUGACCCCUUACCCCAGGUUAGAAGGCGGGCAUCAGUGGGACAGCUGGAAGGGGAAUCUAUUUCAAUGGCUGGUGAUGGUCUUCACCAUGAGGUAGCACCCUCUGUCCAAAGGCCCAGGCAGGGUUGGGGACUUUCUUGGCCACCCUGCCCUUGCUAGGUCCCUGGGGACCAGGUGGUGCUGGUUGUGAAUGUGCCUCUUACACUUGAGUGCUCUUUCCUUUCACACAUUGAGUUUGCCUGGAAGCUCUAAUUAGGCCCAGGGAGCCUGGCCUAAUGAGGCCAAGAUUGGCAGUACCCCACCUGGUAGCCUCCCAGACCCCAGACCCAGUGAUCCCUUACUCAGGGUCAUCUUGUUGCCUUGGAGACCUUGGAGGGGGGAGCAUCCUAAUUCCCCCCACAUACCCAGUCUGAGUUUGCUUGGGUGUAGUGCUGUGGUGUCUUUGGGGAGAACCCCUUUCUUUGGUCUAUCUCAGGGUUGAGGACACCCUCCAACUCCCAGGAUGGGGGUGGCUGUGGGCAUCUGGGGUUUCCUCUCUGUUUUUCCUUAUGGAAGAUUCUCCUCCCCAAUUCUCACUGCAGCAGCACAAUCACUGUGGGAGGAGGAUCUUUUUGCCCAAGAGCAGUGAACUGGAUGCUCCUCCCCUGACCUGACUCCGUGGAGCCACGUGGGGCCCACAUAGGGGUGUCUGCUGCCUGGUUAUUUCUACCUCAGGUCUGACUCUUGAUGCCAAAAUCCCCGCCCAGCUUGCCCUCCUUGACUGGCUCAGGGCUUCAACAGGUACCAGUGCCUGUCCCCUCCCACCUGCACCUUGGGUGUGUCCACCUGAGAGCCUGCCCCUGGGUGCUUUCUUUGGUCGUGUGUGUGUGUGUGUGUGUGUGUGUGUGUGUGUGUGUCCCUCCCUCUCUCUCCCCCUUCCCCCCCCCCAUGUCUGCAUGUGUCGGGGACCUGGGCAUCAUGUCUUGUGGGUGAUAAUGGCCCCCAGAUCUAACUCAGGGCAUGCCUACUGUUCAGGGUGAUUGUAGGGGGCUGGGGUGGGGUGGGGUGUGGGCAGGGAGACAGCCCUGGGAGAGCAGUGGGCAGGUGGAGGAGUGGAAAAGUGAGAGGGAGCUCCAGGCUGGGGCCCAGCUGUCUGCCUUGAGUCCCCAUUUACCCUCUGCCACUCUCAGCUCAGGGCAACCUGCGGUAGGUGGGGAUUCUGGGAUGCAGCUUAGCACCCCCUUAUGCAAACUGGGUAGGGACAGGGCAGCCAUCUCUGUCAGUGGCUUGCUUGUACACUGUGCAUUCUGGAAUGGAUAGGGCUUAGCUGCACAGAGUGGGCAGGGACCCCCAAACUCAGGGUCAUGAGGGGCUUGGGCUUCCCCUGCUCUAGAGAUGUUUGUUACAGGCUGCUUCUAGAAUCUUCCUUGUGACCCUUAAACUGGCCACACGGCUGUGUAGCUGUUGGGAAAGGGCCAGAGCAGAGGUGUUGGGGCAGCUGAGUUAGUUUUUAAUAGUUGUGCAUUUGUACAGUCACUUUUUUUGCUUUUAUGAUUUUUGCCCACUUCUAUCAUUUUUUUCUUGCCUUUAAUUUUGCUUUUGCAUUGUUUUCUUGGCAAACACAAAUGAAUUCAGUCUUUCAUUCCUGACAUGUGAAAUUUCAGUUUCUCUGGGGUUUGUCCAGUGGCGUGGGGACCACGCCUGAACUCAGGUUAAAGAAAAAAACUUUUUUAAAAGUUAUAACUACUCUACCUCUGGCCGGGCCUCGCCUGUCAGUCACCCUGGCCGGCGGGGCAGCCGGUAAGGAUUUCAGUUCUGCAGAACAUUCAGGUAUUGGGAGGGUGGGGGUGGCAAAAGACCAAAAAAAGGGGGGGAGGUGUGAUUUUGAAAUUUAAAAGAACACUGAAAGUUUACAUUUUAUAACAUUAUUAUGCAGAUUGUAUUUAAAUUUCAGAAAUAUUUAAGACAAUUGUAACCCUGUAAAGCUGAUGAGAUAUUAAAACAAGACAAAACACUUCUGACUUUUAACAGAAAA